GUUUUCCACGGAACCCAGAUGUUAAAGUGAUGUACCGACGAGUUGCCAUAAUUUACAACCACUUAUUAUCUUAGAGAACCAGACUACCUUUCUACGACAGACGGUCUACUGACAACCAAUACUAUAACUUCGCACACGACUCCUCUUUUUAUGUUACGUAUCCCAUGCAACGUCUCUUUUCAAGCAACGCAGACGGGGUUGUCAUGGUGCCGUAAAAACCGCGAUAUGCUCCUUGUCCGUUAAGUUUCGAAUCAUGGCUGCGAGUCAGUACGAUGGGUGCCUUGUCGGGUACCCUGUGGCUAACUCGGCCGGCCUGGCAAGAGACUGUUCCAAGAUGGCGGAAGCUCGACUAGCAUCACGUACCGAUUCUAGAGUCUGCGUCGAUCUUUUCAGAGAGAGCUAGUGCAAUGAGCUCUCAAGUAAAGACAAGGCUAUUUAUUGGUGGUCUGUACCAUGAGAUCAAAGAGAGGGAUAUCAGUGAAAGGUUGAAGAAUUUUGGUUCAGUUUCUUCUGUGGAGAUUCAUAGGAAAGAUGGUUUGCCAGGUGAGAAGAAUAUACAACAGCUGUCACCAACAGGCUUCCCUGGCAAAACAUUUGCAUAUGUUGACAUAUCUGCUCCAGAAGCUUCUAUCAGAAAAUGUAUAUCAGUUUUAACAAAUACAAACUGGAAAGGAAGUCAAAUAAAGGUGCAGCAAGCCAAAGAAAGUUUCCUAUCUCGACUUGAAAAAGAAAGAAAGGCAGCCACAUCUUCGAAGACCACAUCAAAGUCGCUAACUUCCCCCGCCUUGUCCGAGGAGCUCGUUGAGCCCAUCAAACACGCAGUUCCUGGUUCCCAGGUUCCCGGAAAGAAGGACUGGGUUGUUGGCAAGUUCGGGAGAGCUUUGCCAAUUCUGCGCAUGCGUCAAAGAGGGAGUGCAAAAAUCGCCAGAUUUGAUCCCAGCAAAACUGUUCAUAAUUUGAAGAAAUUCCGCGAAGAAGUGACGGAGGAGGCAUCUUGUGAGCAGCUAACGUGGGAUUUACGGGACGAGAACCAAGCGUCUUCCAAGGAAGUGAGAACUUCUCGUAAAUCCGCCAAUAAUUCAUCACAGAAGAAAAUGGACAGGUCUGGGUCUGGGGAUUCCCUUGAACCGUUUCCAACGAAAAACGGCCAUGCGUCCCCGAGAGAACAGGUCAAAGUCGGGAAUGCUAUGCUGAGGUGUGGGAAGGAGAAGAGUCAAUCAAGAGAUUUAGGUUUGCAAGAUAAUUUACUCAAUAGAUCAUCCGCUCUAGAUGAAGCUAAACACAGAGACAAAGAUGCUGUUAGAAGGAAAAAACGGGUAAGCGAUGUUUCUGAUCCAAAAAGCAAAGGAGCAAAUGUGAAACCUAGAAAAUCAAGUUUGAACAAGAUGGAGAAUCGUACAAAAACGGAAGAGUUUACCGAACCAAAGGCUAGGUCAAAAAAGAAAAAUCAGACCAAACAAAAAUUAGGGUUCAAUGAUGAAAGUUCUCCGGCUAAAAGAUCCAUGGUCGGUGAAAGUAAGGAGGAUUGUAGUGAUGGCGAAAGUAAAGACCAUUACAGUGAUGGUGAAAGUGAGCAGGAUUCCAGUGAUGGUGAAAGUGAGGAGGUAUCCAGUGAUAAUGAAUCAAGCUCUGACUUGUUGAUGAGUUUCUUGACAAAAAGUGCCGACAAAAGUUCAGUAGACUUUAAUUCGGAUAUAGGAAUAGAUGAGUCUGAUGAUAGAUCAUCUCCAGGGCAGAUCUCUGAUUCGGAUUCGCCGUGUAAACGGACUAAGAGUAGUUCACAAAAUUUGAAGGGAACGAAAUCUAUUGAAAAGAAGUGUGACUCCCAUGAUAGCCGGAAAAAAGGGGUGUCGUAUUUAGGGGCUAGUGGUGGGCGUGGGGGGCUGGGCAAAUUCGAGGAUGAAGUCGCAAUGACUAAAGGUAAAGUCAAGCGCCAAGAUAAGGGAAACAAGGAAAUUACAGAUUGUGCCGACGUAAAAUAUGGUUUCACGGCGAAAGGGCAAGUUGCCAAAGACCUCAAAUUAGGGAAAAGAAGACGCGAGAGGCGUGGGGAGGAAAGCAUGGAUGAAGAUAGCUGUGAGGAAACCGACACAAACGAAACACGGGAGAGCACAAAGAAAAUGAAGGAGUCAAUGACUGCUUCUCCGGACGGACUACCGGACAGUCCCAAGGAAAAAAUGUGUGAUGGAAGAAAUAAUAGAAAAAAGAAGGAAUCUCUCAAAGAAUCAGGGAGUGACGAUGCGGGGAAAGGUAAAGAAAAAGUGAAUCAUGAAAAGUCUUCGAAUGGGAAUCUUAACGAUAAGGAAACAACGAUAAGAGAAAAUAAGGAAGACGCGAAUUUUUUAGACGUUGUAACAGAUAAAUAUACGGCAAAAAGUACAAUGAAGAAAGGUGUGAAAAGUGACAAGAAUGUCGAGAAAGAUCCACCUAUCGAGGAACAAAAAUACAUAAAGGCUCAUUCAAUUGGGGAUAACACUGGCACGACGAAGAAGUCAAACGGACAUGGCGCGGCUGAAUCACCGCUGGGCUGCUCGAAACACCUUGAUUCUAAUGCAAGGCGCCUAAGUGCGAUAAAAGAGCGAGAGAAGGCAGCAGCCUCGCAAAAGCAGCUGAUCGCGUCAGCCCUUACUGCGGUGGACGGCGGCAAGGCGAGUGAUGACGGCCGUCGUAUAGUCUUCGACUCCGAUGAUGAAGCUGACAAUCGCACAAGGCAGAAAAAGUCGCCAUCAGAGUCUAAAAUCUCAGGCAAAGAAGCCCGCGAUUGGCUUGGAUUUGACAGCGGAAGUAGUAGCGCAGAGAGUGAUGCCACUUCCGGUGAUGACGAUGACGUCGGCUUCGCUCCCAAACCUCAGUUUGAGGGAAAGAGCGGGGAGAAGCUCUUCAAGCUCCAGGCUUCGUUCAAAGGAGACCGCCGGUUCCAGCUGGACAAGAGGUUUAUCGACAGCGACGGGGAAGAUCAAGAAGAGGAGAAGAUUGACGUGAUUGAUAGCUCGUCACGUUGCCUUGACAACACGGAUGAUGACGUAACCAUGCAGCUUGCCAGAGAAAAGGACAUGUCAAUGGCAGUGCUACAAAAAAUGCUAGGAGGGAGUCUGGUAGCCAGUCUACACCAGAACACCGCUCACAUCGAGGUUUUCAGGGAUUCAACAAAGAUGCGUUAUGACCCAAGUCGCGAAGAUCAUGAAGACUACGAGCAAAUAGUAAACAAGACCCCAAAACAAACUAGCAAGGAACCAGAGCCAGAAGUGAGCCCGAAAUCUGAAUCAGCGGAGGCUUUAAAAGUGACAAGCGCGCCUGAAGUAACGAAAGAUACUUUUUACGACGUCAAUACUACAUCACUGGCGGAGAUGUUCGGCUCGAAGAAAGAAGAGUCCAGUGCAUCCUUCUUAUUUCUCGGUAACACCACGGGCAGCGAUGAAGAGUCUCCUGCCAAGGACAUCGGCGAGAUGGAGGUACUACACAAAGUAGGCUGGCACCAAGAGAAACUUCCAUACGACAGCAGCAGCGACGACGAGGAGGAGGAGAAGGAAGAGGAGAAAGACUUGAAGCAAGAGACUGCUGAUGGCGAACUUUUCUUCUUCCAGCAGAACGACCCUCGACUUGGUGACGAAACUACAUUUACCCGUCAUGCAUCUCUGGAGGAGAUCACCAAUCGUUGGGUGCGCAUGCGCAGAGACCUAACACAAGACUACAAGAAAAAGCACAAGGACGCGGUGCGGAGAAAAACAAAGAUGGAGUCGAAACGUGCGCAGCAGAAAUAGCAUAAAACAAGACCGACUCGAAACGUGCGCAGCAGAGAUAGCACAAAACAAGACCGAGUCGAAACGGAGAAAUAACACAAAACAAGAUCGAGUCGAAACGUGCGCAGCAGAAAUAGCACAAAACAAGGCCGAGACGAAACGAAGAAAUAACACAAAACAAGACCGAAUCGAAACGUGCGCAGCAGAAAUAGCACAAAGCAAGACCGAUUCGAAACGAAGAAAAAACACAAAACAAGAUCGAGUCGAAACGUGCGCAGCAGAAAUAGCACAAAACAAGGCCGAGACGAAACGAAGAAAUAACACAAAACAAGACCGAAUCGAAACGGAGAAAUAACACAAAACAAGAUCGAGUCGAAACGUGCGCAGCAGAAAUAGCACAAAACAAGGCCGAGACGAAACGAAGAAAUAACACAAAACAAGACCGAAUAGAAACGUGCGCAGCAGAAAUAGCACAAAGCAAGACCGAUUCGAAACGAAGAAAAAACACAAAACAAGACCGAACCGAAAUGUGCGCAGCAGAAAUAGCACAAAACAAGACCUAGUCGAAACGUGUAUAGCAGAAAUAACUAAAAAAAACAACAAAAGACGUGUCGUAGAAGAAAUGGCUUCGUCCUCUCAUCACAAAUGCAUCUGUAUCAUAUGAUCAUAUGUAGAUCAUGUUGAUAUGUAUAUAUAUUAUUCAAUCAAAAACAUAUUUUUUAUGAUAGCACAUAACGCAUUGUACAUGAAUAAAAGCUCAAUUUUAGUUCGUU